AUGACUGCUUCUCACUCAGACGCCAUCGCCGCAGCAGAGCAGCUUCUACUGGACCUGAAGAACCAUACAGGCUCACCCGCUGACCAGGCGAAAGCAGUGAGACAGCUCGACAAGCUUCGAUGCCUCGUCCACACGGGCUUCGAUGCCCUCAUGUUCCAGGCGUAUCCGUUCCAAAUGUUGCCUGCAAUUAAGGUGCUGGCCGACUUUCGCGUUUUUGACGUGGUGCCUCUCGAGGGUUCUAUCACGGUAAACGAGCUCGCUGCAGCAGUAAAGCUCGAUGCCACAUUCCUAGACCGCUUCCUUCGCAUUGUGUUAACGCAGGGCAUCUUCAACGAGACUGCCCCAGGUGUUUAUGAGCACACUGCUGCGUCCAAAACUUUCCGGACCGACGAAGCUGCAAGCUUCUAUAACCUAGGUUUAAUGCAGUUCCCCCAGUGGUGGAAGGUCUCGGAGUACCUGUCAACGCACUCGGCGCCGGAUGCCAAAGAGGCUACCAAAGUACCUUUUGUAUGGGCAAUGGGCAAGGAGGGCAUGUCAUACUAUGACGCCAUCGAGGAAGACCCAGUAGUGUCCGACAUCUGGCAUAAGGGUAUGAUUAUGAUUGAGGCGACACAGCCCAUUUCGGGAAUGUUCCCCUUUGUAUCGAUGCAGGCGGCCGUCGAAGCAGAGCCCGAGCGAGCUUUCGUCGUGGAUGUCGGCGGCGGCCGAGGCAAUGCACUGAUUGCUAUGAUGAAGGAAUGUGGCGGCAGCUACGGCGCCAAGAUGGUGCUCCAGGAUCAGGCAGAGGUUCUGCAGGGCAAGGAUCCUGUCAAGCUUGACGGUGUUGACAACAUGCCGCACAACUUCUACGAUCCUCAACCUGUCAACAAUGCACACAUCUACUUUCUCCGCAACAUCCUGCACAACCACUAUGACGAGCGCAGUCUCGUCAUCCUGCGUCGCGUUGUGGACGCCAUGGGCCCGACCUCACGCGUUCUAAUCGGCGAGAUGAUCCUCCCUGCCACAGCCACCGCCGGCUCAGAUCCCUUUCCUUUCUUCAUGGACCUUAAUAUGUUUAUGCAGGGCGGCAUCGAACGCACCGAGCAGCAGUUUGGAGAAUUGCUGGGCAAGGUGGGCCUCGAGAUUAAAAGGGUUUGGCGACAUCCUGACAAUCCUGUCCAAAGUACCAUCGAGGCCGUAUUGAAAAAGUAG